CCCAAGUAUAAAGCCAUGAGCUCCCUUUGGUGGGGGCUUCUGUUCAAUUGCCUGGGCUGUGGAAUCCUGCCUGCAACCUGGGCUCAGUUCCCCCGGGUCUGCAUGACAGUGGGCAACCUUGUGUCCAAGGAGUGCUGCCCGCAGCUGGGCAUGGAGCCAGCCAACAUCUGUGGUUCACAAGAGGGCCGGGGGCAAUGCACAGAGGUUCAAGUAGACUCCAGGCCCUGGAGUGGCCCUUAUGUCCUGCGGAACCGGGACGACCGUGAACAAUGGCCCAGGAAGUUCUUCAACCAGACCUGCAAGUGCACAGGAAACUUUGCUGGCUAUAACUGUGGAGACUGCAAAUUUGGCUGGACUGGCCCCAACUGCGAUCAGAAGAAACCACUCGUUGUUAGGAAAAAUAUCCAUGCCUUGACUCCUCAGGAGAGGGAGCAGUUCUUGGGUGCCUUGGACCUUGCAAAGAAAACCACACACCCAGACUAUGUGAUCACCACACAGCACUGGCUGGGCCUGCUUGGGCCCAAUGGAACCCAGCCACAAAUUGUCAACUGCAGCAUUUAUGAUUACUUUGUAUGGCUCCAUUAUUAUUCCGUCAGAGAUACAUUAUUAGGACCAGGGCGCCCAUACAAGGCCAUAGAUUUCUCACACCAAGGACCUGCUUUUGUUACCUGGCACCGGUACCAUCUGUUAUUGCUGGAAAGAGAUCUCCAGCGGCUGACUGGCAAUGAGUCCUUUGCUUUGCCCUACUGGAACUUUGCCACUGGGAGAAACGAGUGUGAUGUGUGUAUAGACCAGCUGUUUGGGGCAUCCAGACAAGAUGAACCAACUCUGAUCAGUCGGAAGUCAAGAUUCUCCAGCUGGGGAGUGGUCUGCGAUAGCUUAGAUGACUACAACCGCCAAGUCACACUGUGUAAUGGAACCUAUGAAGGUUUGUUGAGAAGAAAUCCAGUGGGAAGAAACAAUGAGAAAUUGCCAACGUUAAAAGACAUACAAGAUUGUCUAUCCCUCAAUAAGUUUGACAGUCCUCCUUUCUUCCAAAACUCUACCUUCAGCUUCAGGAAUGCGGUGGAAGGAUUUGGUAAAGCAGAUGGGACCCUGGACUCUCAGAUGAUGAGCCUUCAUAAUUUGGUCCAUUCUUUUCUGAAUGGAACAAACGCUUUGCCACAUUCUGCUGCCAAUGAUCCAGUUUUUGUGGUCCUUCAUUCUUUUACUGAUGCCAUUUUUGAUGAGUGGAUGAACAGAUUCAAGCCUCCUGCUGAUGCCUGGCCUCAGGAGCUGGCACCCAUUGGUCACAACCGAAUGUAUAACAUAGUUCCUUUCUUCCCCCCUAUAACUAAUGAGGAACUCUUUGUAACUGCAGAACAACUUGGCUACAGCUAUGCCAUUGACCUGACAGUCAAAGAAACUCUGGGUUGGACCACAAUCCUCUUCAUAGUUAUAGGAGUGCUGAUGGCCUUGGGUGGUCUUUUUGUGCUGCUGGUUUUUCUUCAGUAUAGAAGACUUCGAAAAGGAUAUACACCUCUAGUGGAGACACAGUUAAGCAACAAGAGAUACACAGAAGAAGCCUAG